AUGCCUUCCAUCCAGCACGCCCUGGCGUGGACGGGCUAUAGGUUCGCCUCUACGGUGUUAGAUGAUAUUUGGCCAGUCGUCCUUUUCUUCUCCUGUAUAGCGACUAUGGUUUGCUGUGUUAGUGAAUUCACCUCAACCAAAUUGGGUGUCAAUAGCGUCAUGUUGACCGUAUUGGGUACCAUCGUAUCUUUGAUUGUGUCAUUCAAAACCAACAGCUCUUACGGAAGAUGGUGGGAUGGUCGUAAUGUGUGGGCAAACCUUACAUCGAACAGCCGACAAUUGGCCAUGUUACUAUGGAUGCAAGUUCCCAACGUAACCCCAUCUCCUAAAGAAGGAGAUAAGAAAGAAGACGUCAAGAAAGAACACAAGGAACCAGCCUCAAAGGAUUCUCUGAACAGCUACAAUACUGCUCCUUCUUCUACCCAUUCAGACUCGGCUACAUCCACAGAAUCAGAUGAUGACAACAAGACAAAAGAGGAAGAAGAGAAAGCUAGAUUAAAUAUGCAAGGUUUGAUCGAAAAGAAAACCUAUAUCGGUUUGGUACAAGCAUUCGCUGUAUCUAUGAAACACGCUUUACGAGGAGAAAUCGGCCCCUUUUAUUCAGAUUUGUACCACCUGAUCGCAUUCUUACCCAAAUACAAUCCAUCAGCUUAUCCACCCAUCAAUCGAACGCAUAUCCUUGCAUUAUGGCAAAAUGGUCUUCCAAGGGAUAAAGCAGGGAAAUACGGUGAUUCGAUAGCAGUACCAUUGACUAACUCAGUCGCGUUUCGUACCGACGCUCUAAAUCAACGUGAUUCACCUGAUCUAUUCUUUGACAAUAACCGGAACGAAAAAGAAAAAGAAACAGGACAAGCGCCAGCGCCAGCGCCAGGUACUGAUAGUAUUAAUACUGGUGAAAAUGAAGUAGGAUUUGAAGGUGAUUCUAAAAAAUUCAAGAAUCAAGCUAUACAAUCUGCGAAAUCAUUUGUCCAAGUUGAAGAUCCAGAUAUCUUCGCUUUUAAUAGACAAAGAUCCUCUAUGCAAACUAUUAGAUCAGGAAAUGGAAAUGGAAAUGGUAAUGGAAAUGGAAAUGGUAAUUCACCAAAUGAAGGAAUCACUUUAACUACCGUAGAGUUGAUGCCACCUAGGCAUCCACCAACACCUAAAUUCUGGGACUUCUUUCCACCGUUAAGGGUUUUUAAGAUUAUGUACGAUUGGUUCAGAUGGCAUAAGAUUGGUCAAGAUAACGAAAGAGCUAAAGGUGGUAAAAGGAAGAGGAAAAUGGGAAGUUCAAUGGAAAUACCUCAAGAGAUUCUGAUGUACCUCCAAUCAUACGUUACCGACCUUAUAAAUCGUGGAUUAUUAAAUUCUUCAUUGAUUUCACCAACUUUAACAGCUUUGAUGGAAUUACAAAAAGCCAUUUCAGAUUUAGAAAAAAUAGCGACAACACCUAUUCCAUCAGCUUAUACGUUCCAUCUCAGAUUGACAGUUUACAUCUACUUGUUCUGUUUACCUUUUCAAGUUUACAAUUAUAUCGGAUGGGUGACUAUCCCAGCUACUGCAUUGGCAGCUACGAUCUAUUUGGGUUUCCUGGAAAUUGGUAUGCAGAUUGAAAUGCCUUUUGCAUAUGAUCAAAGUGAUUUAGAUCUAGAUAAAUUCGUCUUGAGAAUUGCUCAUCAGAUCGCUCAAAUCACUGCUUUCCCAAAUCACAUCCCAGCAUCUCAUGUCGUCCUGUCUCAUCUCAAUCAACCUUUCUUACCUUGCUUAGACCUCAGUGCGCCUGAAUUACUGGGUAUACCAGAAAGACAACCUAAACCUACUGAAAAGGGAUCCGCACAUUCCUGGUGUUCAUACGAUUGUAAACAUGCUUCUACACAUGACCACACGAACAAGACGAGACAUCGUAACGUGAAAUCACCCGAAGAAGCUCAUAAAGAAGGUAUAGAUCAUCAUAACCAACUGAACGAUGAUCAACGUGAUGCUCUUCCUCAUUUGCAUAAUAUUCACGAGGAAGAAGGUGAAGAUGAAGAUGAUCAACAGGUGAAACCUAGACCAUUGGCCAAAAGUAUGAGAGAUAUAGAAAUGGUCUUGAAUGCUAAUUGGAGAGAAAUCACAGCUGAGACAGAAGAUUUCAUUGGUAAACCCAGAGAUCAGUUGGAGAAUAGAACUGGAUUGGAGGUUGCCUUAUUGACUCUCUGA